AUGUCUCGCCAACCGCUCUGGCUACGCUGUGAAAAGAAGGAGUUUGAGCGCCGAGCCGCUCUGACCCCAACCACUGCUAAGAAGCUCAUCGAUGCGGGGUUUGACAUCUACGUCGAGCGCGACGAGCAAAGGAUCUUUGACGAUUUAGAAUACGAAGCGUGGGUACUUUCUCCAGCUACCUUGCAGAUACCAACCCACAUUUGCAGCGUUGGAUGCAAGCUCGAAGAAAAUAAUUCAUGGCCCAAUGCCCCUGCACACAUCCCAAUAAUCGGAUUGAAGGAGCUCCCUGUAUCUGAGGACCCUCUCCCCCACACUCACAUUCAAUUCGCCCAUUGCUACAAGCGUCAAGCAGGCUGGUCGUCUGUCCUUGCCCGUUUCUAUAAGGGAAAGGGCAAUCUCUACGAUCUCGAGUUUCUGACGGACGCAAGCGGUCGUCGAGUAGCUGCCUUCGGCUACCAUGCCGGAUUCGCAGGUGCCGCCGCAGGAGCAUUGGCAUGUGCGUCACAAAAGAAUGGAGAGCCGCUUGGCUAUCUAGAGCCCUACGAGAACGAGCAUGCGAUGGUUGAGGCCGUGAAGAAAUCUCUCGGUGGGAGCGGUAAGGGCUUAAAGGCUCUUGUUAUUGGCGCGUUGGGACGAUGUGGCCGGGGAGCGGUCGAUCUCUUUAGAAAGAUCGGCCUAAACGAAGAUGAUAUCCUGAAGUGGGAUAUGGCUGAGACAGAGAAAGGUGGUCCCUUCCAGGAAAUCCUAGACGUUGACAUCUUCGUGAACUGCAUUUAUCUGAGCUCGCCGAUACCACACUUCCUCACGUACGAGCAACUACGCUCGGCGGGCGUAGGUCGCCGUUUGUCAGUGGUUGUCGAUGUCAGCUGUGACACCACGAACCCGCACAAUCCCAUCCCAAUCUAUAGCAUCAAUACCACAUUCUCCGAACCUACAGUAGCAGUUGACGUUGGCCCUAACAACCCUCCGUUGUCGGUGAUCUCAAUUGACCAUCUGCCAACGUUGCUACCCCGGGAGGCAUCGGAGCAAUUCAGUUCAGACCUGCUGCCCUCGCUCUUGCAGCUACCAAGUCGACAAACGGCCUCAGUCUGGGUCAAUGCUGAGAAGCUUUUCCAGCAGAAGUUGGCGGAGGCAGUCCAGGCGGAGGGUUUGUGA